AUGCAGCACAGACGUGGACCAUGGUCCGCACACGAGGACUCUCAAUUACUCAACCUUGUUCAAAUCCAUGGACCUCACAACUGGGUUAGAAUAUCCCAGAUGGUAACUUCACGGUCACCAAAGCAAUGCCGGGAACGCUACCACCAAAAUCUUAAGCCCACGCUCAACCACGAGCCCAUCACACCCGAAGAAGGUGAACUUAUUGAACGUCUCGUCGGAGACAUGGGCAAGAGAUGGGCCGAAAUUGCUAGGCGUCUUCAUGGCCGAAGUGACAAUGCGGUCAAGAACUGGUGGAACGGUGGAAUGAAUAGACGAAGACGCUUGUGCAUCCGCCAGAGAUCCGAGUCUCACAACCCGGACCGCCGCUCUCACGAGCCAAUGUCCCCAUAUUCGCCAAAUACCCAUUUCCACCCCCCCGGUCUUACUAUCGAUGUCAGCAGGAGGACUCUUGACGAGCCGUUGUCUUCCCCUGCUUUCUCUGAUGGUUCUCGCGGCCAGACCCCAUCUCUCAUCUCGGACGCCAAUUCCAACUUUUCAACCUCGCCGAGACUGCCUGAGACACCUCUUACCGCCGAGAACGCCAUCAUACUCCCCCCGCUAAAGGAUCUUUACCACGGGGAGCGACGGGCCUCGAUGCCUAUUCUCAAGAGUGCUGCAUCACUCCACAUCCAGGAGCAUUCAGCCUACACUCAGGACGAUACCCGCCGGUGGGUGUCCAACACGGACAGCCGGAGGUCUCAGGAUUACCACACACAAUACCAGCAGCACUACGAGGUUCCCUCUUCGGAUUUCCGCAUGAAGCUCUCCAACUUGUGUUCAUGA